AAGGUCGAGGAAAAAGAACGCAGGAUUAUUUGUUCCUCUUACCGAUGUUCCUUAUCUAUUUUAUCCUAUUCGCAAGUCAAGUGACAGUUUCGUCAUAUGAAAGGGAUACGCGAUACGGUCGUGAUAAAGUUUAAAAAUUAUCCCGAAAAAAUUCAUGAAGGUAAUUUCAAAUGUAAAAAACUUGGAAAAUCUCGCGAGAAAGCUGCCAUGCUUCAAAAAUUUUCACGAAAUUCGAUAAUUAUUAACGAAAUAAAUAAUUACGCUUACACGUCUAACGUCAAGUUCUUGCCUGCAAGAGACAACUAGUUUUCCGUUUAAAAACUCGCACAGUGUAUUUCAGAUCAUGUAUCAAUAUUGAAUACCUCAGUAUCAUCGAUUAUGUUAUUACGUUGGGAUUAUUCUUUAAAUAUAAAUCGCAUAUAAUUAUGGAGGACAUUAAUAUCAAUUAACUGUUAAUGGAUUCGCGUGUGCGGUUAUUGGUAAUCGGGUAGAACCAUUUAAUAAACCUGCCGAGCGAAAACGCGAUCGACGUAUCGUGACAUUAUGGAGAAGUUCGCAAUUGACUUGGAUAAGGUCCUUGAUGAUUUCGAAUUCAACGAAGACUGUGCGGAACAAGUAGCAUCAGUUGCAACUUCAGCAAUCGAUGCAGCAAGUACAGACAAGCGUGCUACUGAAACUGUGCGCCCAAAAACAUACAAUUAUGUUGCUGUUAAUUCUGAAAAAGGAGAAGCAGUCGAUAGUAUACCGUCUUUUGAAAAAUACAAAGACACCCGGCCGAUAGAUAUUGAUUGUAGAUAUUCACUAGCCGAGAGGAACAUAGUAUCAGUAUCAAAAGGUAAAGAUUCUAUAAAUAAUUACUAUGCACAGGACCAUAUGGGUGAUAAGAAGACUGGACAGAAAUUGUGUGUUCAUUCUCAUGAUUCAGAUCAAGCACCUUUAACUUUGUACAAUGACAUAUCACACAACUUACUGCAGAAACAACAAAAUGGGAGUAACGAUUCAAAGGACGACAACAGAUAUGACAAAAAGUUAAAUCAACCGAAUAUCAAACCUAGUAUUAGCAAUGUGUUUAAUAGUUUAAACGAAUAUAUUAACGCCCCUACUGGGAGUUUGGAUUAUGUUGAACCUACAUUAGACGAGAUAGAUGAUUUGCCCAAAACGUCCAUAGAUAAUAUAGAAGAGAAAGAUCUUAGACCAAGUAGAAACGUAACGAUUAAUGAGUGUUCAACUUCUAAAACGAAAGAACUUGUUGAUAUAACUGGUACAAAUACUUUGAAUUACAAAGAUGUCUUACCGACGGAAGUAGAUAAAUUAGUCGAAGCAGAAACUAUCGGUAAACAAGAUGAUGCUGUACAAAAUGUUAUAUUGCAUUCUACUCCGAUACAGUGUGAAAAGAAUAGUAAUGGCAAUGUAACCUCUGAAACAGCGAGUAUAGUCAAUUUGAAAUAUGAACAUGGUAAUAUGACUGCAGAUACAGAGUUAUCUGACAAUAAAGUAGAUGUUAAUGAAAAGUUUAAUAACAACAGAUCUGAUGAGGCUGCUGAAAGUAUUGCUGACGAACAGAAGCACUUGAAUAUAGAGAGACUAAGUUCCACUGACAAAUGCACAUUUGACGAAGAUAAAGAUGGCACAAUAGAUAGUGUUACAAAGUUGGAUACGAGUAUAGUGAACAAAGUAGAACAUGAGGAUGUGGAAACGAUGAAGAACGUUUCGUCCAAUGUGUGUACGACCGUUGAUAUCAGCUUUUCCGAAGAGGAGUUAAAUCGGUAUUUAUUAGAGUUGGAAGAGGAGGAAAGGCUGAAGGAGGAAGCAACAUCAUGUGCGAAUACUUCGUCGACAAAACCGUACGAGUCGAAUGAUGAUACCGCGAAGACUGCGAGUCAACAUCAACGAGACGAUGAGGGCGACAAGGAAGCACCAAUAUUUGAGAAAAUUAUGAUUGGUGAACUUCCAAAGAUAUCGGAAAAGGAGUCUCAGGAAAAGGAAACGAAGAAGUUCUCCACGAUCAGCUACAGCACCGAUGCGUGUAGCAAAAAUGUAAUGGAAGUUUCUACAGGAAAGAAAGACUCACAGGAGCUCGGUGAUACCGCGAAGAUUGCUUCAGAUGAACAAAAUAAUCAGUCAAAAGACAUACAAGAUAAUGAACAAGGUAAAGCAAUGAGAGAUAACGACGUAAUAAGUCAGGCAACUGGUCAGCAUGUGGAAACAGAGGAUAAUACUUCGCAAGCUAUGUCGAAUGCAACCGCUGAGGAGAACAAAGUCCCGUCGAAACCGAAAAAUGCCGGCGAACCAUGCGGUCACGGCGCGAAUACGAUGCAGAAGUUGAAACAGAACGUCAAUGCGGAUACACAGUCACAAGAUAACAACGACGAUGCUGUUAAGAAUAAGGAAUCGGGAAACAAAGAAGCCCACGAUGACAAAGUGCACUGCGAAGUUGUCGAGAGCAACAAAGAAAAUGUUCUUAUAGUGCAUGAUAAUGAAAUGCAUAAUAGCAGCAAGACUUCCAAGACCGAAGUCGUGGCUACAGUCGCGGAUGCUUGUACAGUUCCCAACAGCGACGAGAACAAUUCAGAAGCUGGGAAACCUACUCGUCCUCAGACGUUGAAUAUCGUUUCAACGCAUAGCCAAGAUGACUCCUAUGUACUCGAAUCUUCCAGCGCUACGCCAGGAGAAGCUGAGCCUGAACAUUCGGAAACUGGUGGUCCUGCUGACGAGGAUCGGGGUGCUUCGUCGGAUGUUUCCGAUAAUUCUUUAAUGGAAUGCAACACAGUUUUGGGGAAACAGCCUCCAUUCUGGGUUCCGGAUAGCGAUGCUCCUUGCUGCAUGUUAUGCGACGCUAAAUUUACCGUACUUAAAAGACGUCAUCAUUGUCGUGCUUGCGGUAAGGUGUUGUGUAACAAGUGUUGCAAUAUGAAAUAUAGAUUAGAAUACCAGGGAAACAUCGAUUCCCGCGUUUGCGUCCUGUGUCAUCAUGCGCUCACGAAAGCGGAGAGCGAGCAAGGGAUGGGCGAUUGGUCAACCAGUUACAGCUCGUAUCCCGGCUGCAGCGACAUUAACUCUCCACAGGGGAGACAGCCUAAUCCAAAUAAUCCCAUGGAGUACUGUUCAACUAUACCACCCUUGCAACAGUUAGCUGGCGGUUUGCCACCACCACCAACGGUGAUGGUACCUGUGGGUGUCCUUAAGAGAGAAGGCUCCAAACAUCGUGCAGAAGGACAGAAAUCUGUUAUGUUCAGUGAUGGAAUAAGGCCUGGCUGUGACCUGACAGAGCUAGACACGUGUUGGGAUCUGAAGCCACCGUACCGCAAACAAGGGAACAAGCGGAUCUUCGCGUCGGGAUCCACGUCGACCGAUGUUGCGACGAGGAGACAGAGUCAUCCUCCUUUAGACAACACGACCAACAGCUAUAUACCGCACGAUCCUAAUUUAUUGCCGCCGACCGUCACCAUACACAAAGGCCAAAUCACUUACCAUCCGCCUGUGGACGAGAAUGUGCUUUACAAGACGUUGAAGAAUGAGUGCGAGCCGCCGGUAAUGUUCGCGAUUAAUCGGAAUCUCUACGCGUAUGUGAAAAUCACCAAUUUGAACUGCUGCGUAAACAAGAUCUGCUGGAACAUAACGUCAAGAGGUCUCGCUUGCGUCGGUCAGGACGAAGUUAUAUUGCUGGUAGAGACUUUGCCAGAUGAGACGCGGAUCCCAAAGGAUUUACUCAUAUACAUCAAUCAGUUGUAUCUCGAAGCCAUUAAAGGUAACACGAUGACUGAACUCGGAUUCUCAGUCUAUCAAGGUGGUAACUUGUUGGGUUCGCGCGAACACACGGGCUUUCUGUUCAUUCGCCAAACUUUACAGUGCUUGCAGAAAAUCAUCUUACCACCAGCUCCUUUCCUAGUCGGACUUUUAAUUCACAGGUGGGAAACUCCGUGGGCCAAGGUGUUCCCGUUGAGGCUUCUCUUACGUCUCGGUGCGGAAUAUCGUUAUUAUCCGUGCCCACUGGUGUCGGUGCGUUUUCGGGAUGCGUUAUACUUCGAGAUCGGGCAUACCGUCAUGAAAGUAUUAGCAGACUUCAGAAACUUUGGAUAUACCUUGCCUGGAGUUAAGGGCUUGACGAUCCAUCUCAAGAAUCGUACAACGGACGUCAUGUUUCCUAAAAAUCGAUACGACCAAGUCAUAAAAGGACUUCACAACUCGAAUGAUCACGUUUUAGCUUACGCUUCGAAUUUCAGUAUAUCCGCGGACUCGCAUUUGGUUUGCAUACAAACGAACACCGGUGACGAGAGUAAUUACCAAACGCAAGCGAUAAACAUUCACAACAAACCGAGAACUGUAACCGGUGCCAGUUUUAUUGUCAUCAAUGGCGCGUUGAAAUCAUCAAUGGGUCUUUCUGCCAAAUCCAGUAUUGUAGAGGAUGGGUUGAUGGUAGAGAUAAUGCCAGAAAAGAUGGAAGCCUUGAAAGCUGCUCUGAAAAAUAUGCAAGAUUUCUCGAUCGGUUGCGGACGGCAGGGAGCAUCAGAACCAGAUGAGACUGUAAAUAUUAAGUGGGUCGAUAACGACACGCUGUUCAAUCUGGGAGUUAAAAGCCCCAUCGACGGUCAGCCAAUGGACGGUAUACCAUCGAUCAGGGUACACAACGGCACCGAUUACAAAGGUGCAACUCGAUUUAUACGUUGGACAGAAGUAUUCCUUAUAAAAUCAGAUGAUCAUUCGAAUGGCGUGAGCGACCCUGUGGACGUGAGUAAAUUAUCUGGGAAUAUAGCAAAAGCGACGUGUGUGGCGUUGGUUAAACUAUUGGAUCUUUUGGCAACAGCUGGUUUAACGAAGCUUGGUGUACGGGCAACGAUUCAUCCGGAUAACGUGGGUUACGAGGCCGGAAGUGAGGGUACAAAAUUGCCGCCAAUCUACAUGAAUAGCUUAGAUAAUGAAUUGAUUCAAGUUUUACACAAGGCCGCGCAGAACAGUCAAGAUGAGCAUACAGUGCUUGAAUUGAUAUUCUACGUACUCGACGACUGAAAAGAAUAGUGCGUAUCUCGUAUUUCUCUUAACUGGCCAUUGUGCUCUGCAGAACAUGGGGUAACUUUCAUUUAAUAGGAAGAAAAUGGGCAAUUGCAGAUCAUCAUGGUACGCCGUUUACAUGAACUGUGCAUUAUCUAUUUGCUAUAUGCUUUGUCUCUUAACUGAAGAUAUUACUUUUAUUUUCUAUCUCCUAAUACUAUUUUUCAUAAUGAACUCGUAGUAUUUUCAACUCUUGUUGAAAAUCUCGAUAUGAUUUGCAUAAGACGAAGUACCUUUUCCAAAUGUAGAAGAAGAAACGCUGGACGAGGGGCAUAAUAGCGAGACAUUUUAAGAGAGACUUUUACGACAAGUAGACAUUGCUCGACAUUAUAUGACAUUAUAAUGAAAUUGGACUGCUACACAGAACGUUAUUUAUUGCCAAAGACGUACGCAGGAUAUGCUAUAUUCUUUAUUAAUGUAAAUAUACUUGUCCUUUCUCGAUUGUUUUGUAAAAUAUAUACAGGAAUGAUCAUGUUUUACCACAGUAUGAUCUGAAAAGUGGACACUUCCAUAGGGAUCCUUUAAAGAUAUUAAAGAUAAUGGCAAUUGUUUGACAACUAUGAUAACUGCUGGCUAGAUCGCAGUGGGACUAUACGAACAUAACGCAAAUGCAUCCUGCGUGCUUAUUCUGUAACUUUCAAAGGCAGCAUUGUUAAGUGUCGUUGUGCAGUUGUAUCGUGUUACAACCGCGCGACGGCGCGUGACGUGUGCGUCUUGUAAUGUAUACGUUACAAGAUUUACAGAAUGGGUCUGCUGUUCACUUAUGCAAUUCUAUUAAUUGACACAUGUAUUUGUCUACUAACAAUAUUUUAUAUAUACAUAUAUAGCAGAUCUUUCAGACAUAUAAGGACAGCUUGUAUAAGGCAGUACUAUAAUGUAAUUAUUAUUGUAUUUAUUGUUGUAAUAAAACUGUUAGAUAAAAUUAAUAUAAUGA